AGGUCUUAAAGUAGCCCCUCAAAAAACCGAGGCCUUGAUGUUUCAUGGGCCUCGGCGCGGGCCACCCCCGGGUGCCCACCUCACUAUCGAGGGCGUUCGGGUGCGUAUUGGUGCCCAGAUGAAGUACCUGGGCAUCGUCCUGGAUGGGCGUUGGACCUUCCGCGCCCACUUCGAGGGACUGGCCCCAAAGUUGGUGGGAGCAGCGGCGGCACUGGGCAGGUUGCUGCCUAAUUUGAGGGGCCCCAGCGUUAGUUGCCGCAAACUAUACGCUGGGGUUAUAAGGAGUAUGGCCCUUUACGGGGCUCCGAUAUGGGUCGGUUCUCUCGAUCGAGAGAACCGUGCCUCCCUGCGGCGCCCGCAACGCAUCAUCGCACUGCGGGCCAUCAGAGGCUACCGCACCGUUUCACACGGUGCGGCGUGUGUGUUGGCCGGGCUACCCCCGUGGGAGCUGGAGGCCGAGGUCCUUGACGCGGUUUACAGAUACCGAACGUCAAGGCGGCAAGCAGGGGAGCGACCGGCCAUGGAAGAGGUGGAGCGCGUCCGCGAUCUCGCUCGGGAGGAGCUUCUGCGGCGCUGGGAGCUGGAGCUUGCGGGUCCCCGCUAUGGCGUAAGAACCAUAGAGGCGAUCCGCCCAGUCCUGGACCAGUGGGUGCAUCGGAGGCACGGUUCCCUUACCUAUCNAUAG